GUUAGGUGUAGACCAGCAUAAAAAAUGUUCGGAAAUUUGAAAGUCUUUCAAAGUGUAUUAGCGGCAGAGAAAGCAAUUACUUUUUUAAAUGGUAGCAAAAAAAUCAUUAAAAGACAAAGUCAUGUCGUGUCAUACCGUAGUGCCCCACCGCCUCAUUCAAAGGCAACUAGAAUUGGAGCAGUAGCCGUUGGGGGGGCCAUGUGGUGGUGGGUUAUUUGGCACCUUUGGCAUGAGCCAGAUCACAUCACGGGAGAGUUCGACUAUCCCAAUGCUGCAAAAUGGUCUAAUUUCCACUUAGGAAUUCCUCGUGAUGAAAAAUAGUAAAAUAUAUUCACAUUAAAAUCUUAUUAACAAAUUUUC